CACACUCGCCAGUCGGUCGGUUGGCACUACACCACCACUAUCGUGGGUUCCGUGCGGUAAAUAUACUUUACUUACCCUAUACUUGAUCUACCUUGUAUCAAAGGUAUACCCGCGGUGUGCGCGUACCUCGUACACAUCAUCAUCAUCAACAGGACCGAGAACCGAAGGGCCAGUGUCGUUAACGGUGUUGGCUCCUGCAUAUCCCUGCAUGCAUUAAAAAAUACUAGUAGUACCAGCUCUUCCGAAGCCAGACUAAAAGUGUGUAUAUAAUAUAUAUAGCGGAUGAGGCUCCGCUGUGAGUGGUGUUGCAUUGGUGUGCGAUAUAUUAUAGUACCUGAUGGUUGACGCGUCAAAGAGUUGUAAAUCACCGUGGACCGUCGGGUAAAUCGAAGGUGUGACCAGCAAUUAGAGGGAAAAAGUCCUUAGGUAAAAGUGAUUUAUUGUUUGUCGGUGCGUGUGCAGUUUUGCUAAAAAAAAAAAAAUAAAAUAAAAUAAAAUAAGCAGCCAAAACAGAAAGGUGCGCGCGCGCGCGUGUGCCUCAGCAGUUUGUAGCGAAUUUCGGAGCAGCGCGGGGGAGGUCUCUCGAGGAGGAGAGCAGCCCGCCCGCGGACACGGCAGUGCAGCGUAUAUAUUAUAUAUAUAUACACAUAUUUAUAAUGCGCUAGAGGUGGUGGACCCUCGUCCUCGACGCUCUUUCUCACUCUGAUACACAAUACACGGUCAUGUACAUUUGUUUGGAACGAUAGUUUGUGGUACAUAAAUACAUACACAUAUAUAUAUUAUAAGAUCGCUCGUACAAGUGUCGUCGAAGUCUACCACGAGGACAAAGGUGACGAAGGAUAAAGAGAGUGAGAACGGUCCAGCGAGUGUUGCAAGUGUGGAGUGUGCUGUGUGCGCGUGACAGGCUGCGAGCAAACAUGAAGUCGCCGCGGCUGAUGGUCGGCCCGUUGCUCCUGCUUCUGGCGGCCGUGGCUUCGGCCCAACACCCGACCUCGGAUCCCGAGCACGCAGUGCCGAGACUGGACCUCGAGAGCCUCGAGAGCGGUUACCAUGGCCUGGUUAAGGAGAACGAGACCCUCGUCGAGGUGACGCCCCAGAUCCGGGCUCUCGGGGCGAAGAUCUGCUCGUUCCGCAUAGCCAACAAGCACCACGGGGAGGCGCCCUUCGAGAUAGUACUCAAGGACAACGGCGUGGCGAAGCUCAGGGCCCUGCGCGUCCUCAACUGCGAGAAACGGCGCAACUACAAGUUCGACAUAGCCGCUGUCGCCUGCAACGGCGCACAGUCCGACAACGCCACGGUCCACAUAACGGUGGUCGACGUGAACGAGUACGCCCCGCAGUUCCUGCAGCCGGCCUACGUGAGCACCGUUGACGAGGGCCGCCUGUACGAGAAGAUAGCCCGCGUCGAGGCGUCGGACCGUGACUGCACGCCCAAGUACGGGGACAUAUGCAAAUAUGAGAUCCUCACGGCCGACCAGCCCUUCGUCAUCGACAACGAAGGCGCCAUCCGCAAUACCGAGCCCCUCGACUACGAGCGCUCCCACAACUACAUACUCAGCGUCGUCGCCUACGACUGCGGCAUGAAACAAUCCGCCCCGGCCAUGGUCACCAUCAAAGUCAACAGGGUGUGCUCGUUGGGGUGGCGCGGGGUGCCGGAGCGCGUGGACUACGCCGCGGGGGUCGAGGCUCAGCCGCUGCUGCCGUCCGCCCGACUGGAGCUGUGCGACGCCCCGUGCAACCUGCGCAACUUCCGUACGACCCUCAGCCUGGCGACGGACCACAUCGGCAAGGGCUGCGACCGCGACACGUACAGCGUGCGGAGCCAGAGGAAGCUGUGCGGGGCGUCGCGGGACAGCGUCGACCUGCUGCCGAGCCCGGGGCCGGACGGCGGGGCAUGGACGGUGUCGCUGUCGCGGGACGAGGGCCGCGAGGCCGACGAGAUGUUUGAGUUCGACGGGGCGAGCUCCGCGGCCAUCGUGCCCGAGGACGUGCUCGAUCACGCCCUCGCCCAGAAGUUUAGCAUCGGCGUGUGGGUGAAGCACAGGCCCAGGCCGAGGCAGGACCCCCACGUCAAGGAGCACAUACUAUGCGCCGCCGAUGACCACAAGAUGAACCGACACCACUACGCCCUGUUCAUCCGCAACUGCCGGCUGAUCUUGCUGCUGCGCCGUGACUUCACCGAGGGCGACCCGGACAUGUUCCGCCCGGCCGAGUGGCGCUGGAAGCUGGCCCAGGUGUGCGACGACAGGUGGCACCACUACGCCGUCCAGGUGAACUUCCCCCGGGUGAGUCUCUUCGUCGACGGCGAGGAGUGGCACGCGGACAAGAUGAAUCCCGAGAUCAUCGACGACUGGCCCCUCCACCCGGCCAAGGGCAUCAACACGACCCUCGUGGUGGGCGCGUGCUGGCAGGGCUCGGACAACAAGACCAAGCACCACUUCCGCGGCUACCUGGCCGGGCUCUCGGUCCUCGUCGGCCGCAACGAGAAGCCCGACGUGCUCUCCUGCCUGAGACACUGCCAGGAGGGCAUCCACGUGCCACCGAUGGAGCUCCUGCAACCCGGGACCCAGCUCCUCACCAACUCGGACCUCAACGAGCUAAGGAUCGACGGCGACAACAGGACCAACGUCGAGACUCUGCUCAGACGCAUCGGCUACACCAACUCGAGGCGCUUCCCGACACCCGGACGUCGCAACUUCCGCCUCGACACCACCAUCAUUUGCGAGGGCAGGGAGGACAGGCCCCUCACCGUGCCCUCCGUACAAUCCUACGUCUUUGUACUUCCACCCCCGCGUCCUGGAAUCACUGUUAACGGUACCGGGUACGUGGCGCGCGAGUACGCCGACUUCCGGCUGGGUGUGCGAGUGUUCCCGGACGCGCGGGUCACGGCAGGCACGGCGGCGCGUCUCGACGCCUGCGCCGUCAGCGUCUACCCGAGCCUGAACCCCGACCACGAGAGCCUGAGCCUCCCCGGCGACACCCUCAGGCGCUUCCACUCGAUAAGCGCCAGGGUCGACCGGGACGGGGUCGUACUCUCGGGGGCCGAUACGCCCCACAACUACCAACAGGUCAUCAGGUUCAUCACCUACACGAACCACAAGCCCGCCUACUACCUCGACCGUGUCUUUAAGCUCACCUGCUCGGAGCUGAGCGGCCGAUUCGCCAGCAACGAGUACAUCCAGACGCUGGCGGUGAUCCACCCUAAGGAGAAGAGCACGUCGCCGGUGCCCCACUCGACCCACACCGUCAACGACAUCCCGAUGGCGAGGAUCGUCGAGCCGCAACCUGGCCACGCUCUGCUCUCGCCCCAUCACGCCGAGCUGAACGACAAGUACGCGACGACGCAGCUGCACGACGCAAACGGCAGCCACGCCGUCACCAUCGUCGCCCUCAGCUGUAUCGGCUUCCUCCUCCUCAUGGUCGUCAUUGGAGCCAUGCGUGUGCGAGGAGCCAACAAGCGACGACGAGCCGCGGGUGAGGAGCUGGCGGCCGAGACGGAAAUGGCCUGGGACGAUUCGGCCCUCGCGAUCACGGUCAACCCCAUGGACAGGCUAGCCGAGCAGGAGGCUGCCCAGAGCCGCCGGGAGGAGGACCUCGACGACUCGGCGAGCUCGGAUUCCGAGGAUGGCUCGUACAGGGACGACGACCUCGACACGUCCGACUGCGAGAACGACUGCGAUCUCGGGCACAGGCGGCGUCACGUGCGAGGCUCCAGUCCCGACUACGAGUGGGACCAUCCCAACGUUUAAGAACCACGACAAUGCCGAGAGCCACGCUAUUCACGUUUUACCGAUUAAGGCAUCACGGAGCUUCGCAAUGCAAAUUCAUCUACUUUAAGAUCAAGAAAAAGGGCGUUGCUGGGGGGUGAGGCAGCAAUGGCAGAGCGACACAGUCUUUUGUCUCGAAAAUGAAAACAAACAAAAAAAAAAAAAAAAAAAAAAACAAACAACACUUUUCAAAGGGCUCGAAAAAUAAACCUUCACAUCAAGUAAAGAAAAGUUUGCGUAUAAAGAGAAAAAGAAAGAAAAGAAAAUCGUCAAAAUUUUCUCAAAUUCGGCUCGAGAGACUUCACAUCCUCCCUGCAAAGGACAACAAGUUUGAAACGAAAAGAUAGAGAGAGAGAGAGAGAAGGAAAAAUUGCUAGGUACUCUGUAGAGGCGUAAACUGUGUGUUCUUGCAGGUAGGUGGAAGUGUCACAUUAUAUCCGUCCCCUUAGAUUGAGUUUCUAUAGCACCAGGCAUCGGCGAAUCAACGGUGUGCUGCUUGAGAGAUUAAAAUAAAGGAAAAUUAAAUGAAAGCAAGGGAGAGUAUAGGCAGAGAAAAAGAUAAUGAAAAAAAGAGAAGAACGAUUUUUAAUCUUUAAGAGUGCGGGACGCUUUGCUGAACAGUUGACAAAAAAAAAAUCUCUUUCUACCCGAACGGUAAAAGAAAAAAAAAAUUGUUAAAAUCGGCGAUUGUCAUGGUAUGUGAAUGUAUUAUUACUAUUACUACUAUUAUUAUUAUUAUUAUUGUUCUUUAAAACUACUAUUUUCUCACACUGCAAGUAUUAAAAUGAAAUAAAAUAACCCAGCACACCCACACACACAUUUGUUCAACAAAAGAACACAACUAAAACAUAUUUAAACGUUGUCGGGGAUGUGACCUGGUUUCUCGGGUAAAUCCCUGUAGACGAGAACAAAAUUUCUCAAAUGUUGGAAUACGCUUGCAAAGCUUGCAUGAAAAAAAAAAAAAAUAAAAAAAAAAUAAAAAAAAAAAAAUGGACUGCAGUCGAGUAGGUUGAGACUAUAGAUAUUGAACGAGAUAUAUUUAAAUGAAAAAAAAGCAAGAUACUAUAUCGGACAUUGCAUUCAUUACACGUUUGUAUAGGGAUUUCGAGUAAUUGUUGGUGUAACGUAUCAAAGACUUUUAAAUGCACAAAUCGACUUUUACAAAUGGAAUAUGAAGAGAAAAAAAAAGGAAAAAAAGUAUAACGCUAGUUUCACUACAGUCUGCCUUGUGUUAAACGCUUAACUGAUGCAAAUUUUAUAGUAGAUAACAGAUAAAGAGAUAUUCAUUCAACGCUUCUAUUAUAAUAUCGACUUCUUUCAAAAUGCUCACCCAUAAAAUAUAUAUAUAUUAUAAUCUCCGAGCAAAGUAAGAGAACAAAAAAAUAAUAAAUAUCGCUACUGGUACUAAUGGUAUCUGAGUACAUUAAUCAUCGCUAUUCAUCAUAGAUUUCGCGCAAUGGUAAUGAACAAAAAUACUCUCUCAAUAGCUCAUACAUACAUAUAUGUAUAUGAAUAACAAGAAAAAAAAAGAAAACUCAUGCUUUUACGUUCUGCCUUUCUAAAGUCUCAAAGAGACUCGAAAUAUAUAAGUACUCCCAUUGGCACUCUUGUGAACUCUUUUUUUUUUUUUUUCCUUCAAAGUAAAAAGAAAAAUUGAAUGGAUCACUGGUGUUGAAUAUUGAUUUGCCAUAAGGAAAGGGUACUGGGAGAUACAGAGUGAAAAGACAAGAAGAAAAAAAAAGAGCUGCACGUUCGAGAAAGUGCUUUUAGCUUCCGCGUACAGUGUCGGGAAAAAAAAAAAAAAAAAAAAAAAAAUGAAGCAAGGGGUUGGUAUCUUCAACAGCCACCCGCAUUCAAUAACAUUGAUCCUGACUCUUCCUGACUUCUUCCAGUUUUCUUUAGAACUCGGUCAGAGGAGCGAAUCUCAAUAAUGUGCUAUUUUGUUGAUCGGAAUCCGCCACCCACAUUAUACAAGAGUAUAAAUACAUAUAUAUAUAUGUGUGUGUGUGUGUGUAUAUGCACGUAACACAUAUUGAAUACGCGUAGUAUAGUAUAACGGUGUGUGUUUACGGCGUGAGAUUGAGAAUCGCGAGAGCAAGAGAGGUGAAGAUAAACGUUUUAUCAUAUCGUUAUAUAUAUAUUUACAAUGUACACAGAGCGAAAAGUGGUUGUGUUUGUAUAUCUAUGGCAAGUGAGCAGGUGCGUGUGUCAAUUAUAUACUUUGCAUGCGAUAUGUAUACGUGCACGGUUAUCCAAAUUAAAUGAAAUGAAAAAAAAAAAAA